CAAAAAGUAGUAUACAUAUAUACAUAUAUAUAUAUAUCGAGAGAUCGAGAGAGAGGAGGGGUGUCGCAUUCUGAAGAUACUGCAACUUCAUAUAAUUUCUUUCUUUCGGGCAGUGCGGCUACUUCGUUGAUCUGAGAUGAUUAGGUCUCUAUUAUGUAAUAGUUGGUACUCUCUCUCUCUCUCUCUCUCUCUAGAUGGAUUGGCAAGGGCAGAAGCUAGUGGAGCAGUUGAUGCAGAUUUUGCUGGUGGCUUCUGCUGUGGUGGCAUUUGCAACUGGGUAUGGGUUGGGCUCGUUCCAAACAAUGAUGCUUGUGUAUGCCGCUGGGGUGGUAAUCACCACUUUGAUCACUGUUCCCAAUUGGCCUUUCUUCAAUCGCCAUUCUCUCGAGUGGCUGGAUUCAAGCGAGGCUGAAAGGCAUCCGAAGCCACAAAUAGUGAAUUCUAGCUCAAAGAGGAAGGCUGCCAAGUAGUAGGUCGUCCUGUGAUUCUAAGCUAUUUUAGGUAUUUGAUGAUUUUGACUGCAUUGGAGAUUUGGAUCUGUGCCUUUCGGCUUAAUGGACCUAUUAGCAUUGCCUUAAGCCAUAGAACUUUAUACAAGAAUUUAAGGAUUUAAUCUCCUCAUUUUACUUGGCCUGAAACUCAUAUAUUUUAAGAAAUAUAUAUAUAUAUAUAUAUAUUUAGUUGCA